AUGGAUUCUGGCAAUAGUGGAAGUAUGCAAUCCUCAAGUGGUGGAGAUGAAGAGUAUGAUUCACGCGCCGAGUCAAUCUCAGCUUUCUUGAACAACAACAAUAACAACCCAUUAAGCCAUGUUGGUCCCAUGUCUAAUAACCCUCCACCACAACCAGACCAUAACCACCACGGCCACCACCACCAAACCCACCACUCUUCUUCUUCAUCAACUAUGCUGUUUGACCCUUUAUCAAACUAUUUUGAUCCUUUAUCAUCAUCAUCAUCAAGAUCACCACCCCUCACAAACCCAAAUUCACUCCUCAAUCUUGAUGUGGUCUGGUCUAAGAACUUAAGAUCUGAACCGAAUUGCACUGAUCUUGGUGGGUUCAUUUCAUCUUCCUCACCAACCCAACAGUUGUUUACCAACCAAACUCAAACUAGAGCCACUUUCCAGUCUCUACCACCACAUGUACAAGAAAGUGCUACAAGAGGUCCAGUCUCAGGUCUAGGUUCAGUUUCAGGGACAAAUGAUCAAGUCAGUAACACUGCAGGGGUUAGAAACCCGAAGAAAAGAUCAAGAGCUUCUAGGCGUGCACCAACAACUGUGUUGACGACAGACACCACCAAUUUCAGAGCCAUGGUUCAGGAGUUUACAGGGAUCCCUGCACCACCCUUUACAUCCUCACCUUUCCCAAGAAGCAGGCUUGAUCUAUUUGGACCUGCAGCCUCCACUUUGAGAUCAGCCGUCUCUCACCAUUUGGACCCUUCACCACCUCCUUACCUUUUAAGACCUUUUGCUCAAAAAUACCAACCACCUCCACCACCAGCACCACCAUUUGUCUCUUUAGGUUCAACUGCAUCAUCAUUUUCUACUUCUAUGGUUGAUGCUAUUGCUUCCACUACUACAACUAACAUCAAUAAUUCUGGUGCUUGUACUAAUGGUACUACUACUUCUAAUAUCUCUUCAACUUCCGUUAACUACCAACUACCUUCUGAUUUAGGCCUUUUGAAACAGCCACAUAACUUACUCAACAUCAACGUCCAAAACCCAAUUCUCAAUUUCCACCCUCUCUUUCAAGCCCCUCAUAAAUACCCACUUUCAAACUCACCCAAUAUUCUUGGCACCACAAAACCACAACAAGGGUCUUCUUUAGAAAUCCCAUCGAAUGAUUCACAUCUCAAAAUGGGUGUUUUAGAGGAGUUGGGGUUGAGCCAUGGCCAUGUGAACACAAACCUUACAGGGCUGCAAAACAUAGUUUCAUCAUCAUCACCAUCACCAUCAGCAGAUGCAACAUUAAUGAGAAGAAGUGAUCACAACAACAAUCUUGGAAACUGGGGAGAUGGGGUUGGUUCAAAUGAGGGUGAUCAUCAUCAUCAUCACCAUCAACAUGGUCUUUUAAGGUCCAUUAAUGGUAACUACAAUAACUCAACCCAGCGUGUUACAAAUGGGAAAGUUAACUUCUUGGCUUCUUCAUCAUCAGAUUUUCGUGGUGAUAGUAAGGGGCAAGAGAAUGUGGCUACAAGAAGUGAAGGUAUGAUGGAAUCCUGGAUUUGUUCUUCUGAUUAG